AUGGCAUUGGCAGAGACUUUGGUAAGAGCGAUUAAUAAAUUAGGAUUGGUUCCUAAAUUGAUUCAAUUGUUACCCAAAUUUUCAUUAAUAAUUGCUUUGAUAAGUUGUUUAUGGUUAUUUGUAUUACCUUUGGAUGAUUAUUAUCGUAAUACUUAUAUUUCAGAAAAUGCUUUAAUGCCAGGACAAAUUCAUUCAUAUUUUAGAGAAAGUGAAUGGAAUAUAGUUAGAGGUUAUAGAGAUGAAUUAAAAAAAUUAGAACCAAUGACAAUUCCACAACGUAAUGAAAUCAUUGAAACUUGGUUAAAUGAUUUAGGUUUGCAAACUUCUUAUCAUGUUAAUGGAUUUGCAAAUGAUACCUUAUAUGCAGUUAUGCAUGCUCCAAGAGGUGAAAAUACUGAAGCUAUGGCGUUGGUUGUUCCUUGGUCUAUUGGUACUAAUGAUGACAACAAUGAUAAUGAAUAUAAUGAAGGUGCACUUGCCUUAGCAAUGUCUUUAACAAGAUAUUUCACAAGAAUGUCAAUUUGGUCUAAAAAUAUUUUACUUAUAUUUCCUCAAGAUACUCGGAAAUCACUUAGAAGUUGGGUAGAAGCUUAUCAUUCUACUUUGGAUAAUACUGCUGGUUCAAUUGAAGCAGCUAUUGUUAUUGAGUAUGGGAAAUCAAUUGGAGAUUACUUUGAUUAUUAUGAAAUGUAUUAUGAAGGAUUGAAUGGUCAAUUACCUAAUCUUGAUUUAUUAAAUACCGCAAAUACAAUUGCGCGUCACGAAGGUAUUCAUUGUUCAAUUCAAGGUAUAACUACUCCAAAAUUCACGUAUUCAACUAGAUUACAAACUUUAUUAAAAGGAAUAUUACAAUUAACCCUUCGAGGAUUAACUAGACAUUCACCAGGCUGUGAAGCAUUUUCCGGUUGGCAAAUUCAAGCAUUUACUAUGAAAGCCAUUGCCAAUGAAAAUAAAAAUAAGCAUGAUAUCACUCAAUUUGGUAGAAUUGUCGAUUCAAGUUUUAGAUCAGUUAAUAAUUUAUUAGAAAAAUUCCAUCAAUCAUUCUUUUUCUACUUAAUGCUUUCACCUAAGAAUUUUGUCUCCAUUGGAACUUAUUUGCCAAGUUCAGUUGGAUUGGCUGUUGCUUAUGUAUUGAGUUCUUUAGGUGGGAUUUUAAAUGGGAAAAUUGAAUCAAAAGAUAUUUUAUCCAACCUUUCAACAAUCUUGUUAACCUUUGUUAGUGUUGAAUUGGCAUGUGUUGGAUUAUCAUUUACUAUUCCAUUUAUGAUUCUUAAUUCAGAUGAUGAUGCUUUAGGUGUUUCGGCCCAAUUUUUGUUGAUAUUACUGAGUCUUGGAUUCUUGGUCACCAUUUUAUCAAUGACUAUGAAAAGGAGAUUAAAUAAACCUGUUGCAUAUUCGUUAAUUUCAUUGGCUUUAUUCGUUAUUGCUCUUUUGAUUACUGCCUUGAUGAUUGUUCAUUUUUCGUUAGCAUUGAUGAUUGGUCUCUUGGCAUUACCUUUGAGCUUGAUUCCAAACUUAAUGGAUCAAUUAGGUGAUGUUUCUAAAUUCACAUCCACACAACAAGAUUCCGAACCUCCGAAAGAUCCAAUGACAAAAUUCUUACAAUUUGUGAAAACAAAUAAACCUCACAUGUUAAUUUGUUUAUGUUUAUUAAUCUCGAAUCCGUUCUUUAUAAUCCUUGUAGGUGGUAAUUUCUUAACUACAAAUGAGGCCGGUGGUAUUGAAUUAUUUCAAGGUUUGACUACCAGUUGGAAUGAUCUUCAAUGUUGGACUUGGUUUAUUGUUAUAUUGGGGUGGUUUCCUUGCUGGAUCUUGGUAGGGAUUGGAUUUGUCCUCUAUCGUGUUGAUAUUGAUGAUAUAUUGUCGAAAAAGAAAUUAGAGUAA